GGUUGGAAGAUCAAUUAGCGCUGGGCCGGUACCGAAGUCGGACGUGUUCGAGCAACUCCCUCUCCGCCUAUUUUGCCCCUAGAGGCUAAAGUCGCGCUCUUACUACUCCCUGCUCUGCUCCCUCUGCUCCAGCAGCUACAACCGACGAUCAUCGUCAUCAUCAUUAUCUCAUCUUUGUUCCCGUGUUCCGAGUGUAGCGGGCGACCCAUACUAUUGCCGCUAGUAGACGAAACCGACGAACGAACAUCCGGACGAGCCGUCGCCGGGUCUGGUGAACCGCGACACUCUGCAGAGUCGAAAUCGUCAGCCGCAGCAGCAGCAGAAGCAGCAGCAGUAGAAGCAGAAGCGCAUCCCAUUGUGCAAACUUCGAGCUCUUCCGCCCUCUGGAAGUUGUUUUUGGGGGGCCGAUUAGAGUGACUAGUGUUUGUGUGUGUAUCUGUGGGAGAGAGAGAGAAGUUAAAGGAAGCGAGCAAGAGUGUGGUGAUGAUAGUGUCUCGUUACCGGCAGUGCUAGGCGCCCCGCGUAAAUGUUACCACAGCGGAAGACCACUAGCAGCAGCAGCAGCAGGGUCGUAAUAGUGGUCGUGUUCCGCGAUACGGCGGUAAUGCAGUACAGUAAACUGCGGACAACAGCAGCAGGAUCUAUACACUAUUAGAAGAGAAAAGCUGGUAUCUCUUGUGGCUCGCUUUUCCGUAUCUGGGGGCCACAAGCAGCACCUCAACCCGGCGUGCGUUUGUGUGUAUGUGCGUGCGUGUGUCUGUGUGUCUGGUGUGUCUACACUGGACUACCGCUUUUACCGAUUUUGCUGGAGGAGCAGUCGCCAGCAGUUGCUUCUUCAGCAUCCAGAGUAGAGAGAGAGAGAGAGAGAGAGUAACUCUUGUCCAGUCCAGUGAAGUGGUGCCGCACCGGCAGAUCGCAGAUUGAUCUGACGUCUGAUGCAAAGUGUGUGCGCGCGCGUUUUCGAAGCAGUGUGUGUGUGUGUGCUCCAGUGAGGGGUUAAGGGUUGGGCCAUCCUCGCGACCCCACCCGGUGUCGUGCCCCCGGAAAUAAACUCGAAAUCCGAGCAGUCUCCUUUCGGGAGUGUGCAUGUGUACGUGUGUUUGUGUGUGUGUGCGCGUAUAGGAGAAGAAGGUGUCGUGUAGUCUACUAUCAAACUAUUAUCUCGAUUUGAGAGGCGGGCGCCCGGUGCGCUGCCCUCCAGAGAGAGAGAGAGAGAGAGAGAAAGAGAGAACGGGUGGGAGGAUACCCGGGGCAACAUCUGCCCGAUCGGCGCGCCAAAGUGCCUGGUACUACUACCUACCUACCUACCUACCUGCUACUAUUUAGUACUACGAAGCGAGUGUGUGUGUGUGCUGGCGACUCAACGAAACUCACUUUUCUCUCUACAAUCAAAUGCUCAGCUGGUGUGGAUCCUCCUCGCAUCUUUUUAGUGCACACUGACCAGCGUAUCGGUGUGUGUGUGUGUGUGUGUUCGCAUUGCGUGUUGUGUGUGUGUGUCCAGUAGUAGUUGACGCAGGAAGAAGCCGCGCGCCCAUCCUGCGUUCUCCACCAAACCACCACCAACCAACCAACCAACCGAAAAACCCCAAAAUCCAAAUCCUCCCUGAGUGUGAGCGAAAGGUAGCCGGGCUGCUGUCGUAACGGCGCCAGGUAUACACACUCACACUCUCACACGCAAACACGAGCGGUGAUCGCCCAGGUAAUACCGCGCGCCGCCCGGAGGAGACGACGAUACACAACCCCCCGCAUCAAUCAACUUUUGUGCCGGAAAGAAAAAAUAAACCCUGAACCUGGAAACGGAAAAACGAGAGAAAAAAGAAGCAAAGCGAGCAAACCAGCGUGCGAAUUCGUGAGAAUCCGUGUGUAGUGUGUGUGUUUGUGUGUGUGUUACUGUGUCCAGCGAGUAUUCAGUAGAGGACAGUCAGACGGUUAGCAAGACGAACGCGAGAAGAGGAGCGGUCCCGUCACCGGUCAUCCAGUACUUGGAAGACAGCGACAGAGGAAGCGAUGGCUUCAACGAUAGCGUGUCUGCAAUCGACGAUGGAAUCAUGGGAGGAGGAGAUGGGAGCAAUACCCGACAUGGACACGGACUUUAGCGUAUUCGAUCAGCUCAACUCGGCCGAUUACACGGACACGGUGGUGAAAGAGGAGCCCGGUACCGCCGGGGUGGUGGAUCCCGCCUACGGAGCCAACCUGCUAGAGCUGCAUCUGAUCGAUCAAAAGCCCCAGAUUCGCCACGAUUGCAUGUGGUCCGGUGUUUGUGGUGAUCAGUCGCAUCCGGAAAAGUUCGGCCCGGGCUACAUGGGUGGAGUGGGCGGUGGUUGCUGCGGUGGAUGUGGCCAUCAUCAUCCGGCUCAGCAGCAGCAGCAGCAGACCGGUGACGCCACCAGUGAUACUACCGGUGCUGCUGGCCAGAGUAAGCCAAAGGUAGCGGUUAUAGUGGCCGGUGGCAACAGUAGCACUACCACUACCACCAAUACUACAGGCAGUACCAACAGCAGCAGCAGCAGCAGCAACAACAACAACAACAAGCCCAACAAUGUGCAGCCGUUCCGGGCAGUGACGAGUGCAGCGCAGCUGCCGGCCGGUAGCUCACUACUCAUCAAACGGCAACAGCAUCAUCAUCAUCAUCAGCAGCAGCAGCAGUUGCAGCAGCAGAUGCAGCGCCAAAGUCGUACGCAAGUGUGCAGUGUAGUAGGUGGAAGCGCAACAACUUCACCAUCGCCACCACUACCACCAGCGUCCACGGCUGCAGCAUCUGUUCGGCUGCCGUACAUCUCGACCGGUGGGUUCCUGGAGGAACGCAAGUACCAAGUGCUCAGUGGAUCGGCCAACCAGCCGCGCCCCGAUACACCGCUCAGUCUCGACGAUGAUCCCCCGGAGUUCAAGCAUAACCUGGACCUCGUCGCUACUUGCACGAUCGGCUCGAACCAGCUCAAUCUGCUACCCUCCGGUGGCGGCGGGGUUGGUGGUGGUACCACCAGCACCAGUUGCACCAGCAGUAGUAACGGCGGCAACGGUUCCAGCGCCUCCAGCAGCAGCAGCAGCAACAGCAGCAGCAGUAGUCGAGGAGGAUUAUCUUCCGGUUACGCGUCAGGCUCCUCCUCCGCGUCGGCGUUUACGUGUUGCGGGGUGGUAAGCAGUGGUCACUGCCAUACGGCACAGUGCUACUACCAGUACCUGCAGGACGAGAGCACGCUGCCAGUGGGCGGAUAUCAGCGCCAACGGCACCACAAUCACUACUACUAUCAGCACCACCACCAACAGCAGCAGCAUCAGGAUGUGGACACCGAUUUCUACUUUCUCCGGCCCGAUUCGCCCGACAGUGGGUGCAGCGAUAGCAGCAACAGUAAUCUGUCGCAGCUGUUGCGCGAUCUGCGCGACAUUGAGGAGCGGGACGCCAGCUCGCUUGCCUCCUCGUCCAGUCUCGAUUUCCACCCCUACUCGUACGGUGUGGCAACGAAGGGCAACAAUUGCUGCAGCCAUAACAACACUAAUGCCACCACCUGCAACUGUAACAGCAAUAGCCACAGCAGCAGCAGUAGUAGCAGCAGUAGUAGUACUUAUCUGCAAACAUCUCACUCGAUGCACGCCGGUGCGUUGCGACAGAAAAAGAGUAAAAAGCUGGCCCAGGCUGUCUCUGGCACCUAUCGGUACCCGAGGCAAACGCACAACAACUGGGUAACGCACAGUAGUAGCAGCAGCAGCAGCAGCAGCAGCAGUGGCCAGCGGUUGCUGUACGGUGACGAUGAGCAGGAUGACGAGGAUGAGGCUGAUGGUGGUAACCAUGCGAUGUACUACGGUCACAGCCGGAGCCGCGUCUCCAUCUCCUCCGACGAGGGAGACGACUACGACGACAAUGACAACGACGAGAACGACGAGGAUGACAACGACCACGGCAACGAGGAAGGAGAGGAGGAGGAGGAGGAAGACGAAGAGGCGGAUUCGGAAGUAGACGAGGAGGAGGAUGAAGAUGACGAUGACGACGACGAGAAAUCAGGCGAAGAGGCCAGCAGUGGCAGUGAGUGUGAGGUGAACAGCAGAAAAGGAGGAGCAGCAGCACCGCGCGCGAUCGCCCUGUUCGCCGAUGAUGAGGAGCACCAGCAACAGCAGCAGCUGCUGCGGUACGGUGCGAGCAGUAGUGGCAUGGUGCGCCGCGCAGCGACAACCGUUGGCCGUAUGGAUGCCACCCGAAUGAACGCGAACAACCAUCGAGCCCAACCGGUAGCAAAGAAGAAGAAGAAGAAGAAUCGUCAUCAGCAGCAGCAAAGGCGGCGGCAGCAGCAGCAGCAGCAGCUCCAGCAGCAGAAAAAGAAGUUGUUGGCUGAUGGUCGGUCAAGCAGCAACAGCAGUAGCAGUAGUGCCAGAGCCACCGCACUACGGGCAGCAGGAGGAGGAAGGGCAACAGCAAUGUCUAAUCAACAGCAGCAGCGCCACGGAUCGCUGAGCUCUACUUCGACCACCGGAAGCUGCGGUGAAGGAGUGUCGGUGCCGGGGUCGUCGUCGUCGUCAUCAUCAUCGGCGGCGAUGACAUACACUUGCCACCAGGCAACGCACGAUGGUGACCACAGCUACACCCGGCCCAAGGGUGUCUACAACAUGACCGAGCUGGGCGUACAGACGCCCUCCGAUUCUGAGGAGGAAAUCGAUGUCGUCUCGAUCGGGGAUAAGAAUCUGCCGACCAACCCGACAGCGCGCGACCGCCGCGCCCUCCAGUCGACGGUGGCAAGCAAGAUCCGGAAGCAGCAGGCCGCUCGCAACAACCACCAUCACCACGGAGCGGCCGGUUCGUCGCAUCUGGCUGGUGGCGGCUACCAUAAUCACCACCACCGUCAUCAGCAGCAGCACCAUCAUCAGCAACUGGACGAUGAGCAGCCCCAGCAGCACUAUGGCACAGUGGCAGCAGGAGGAGGAGGAGGAGGGGGCGCCGGUGGUAGCGGAAGCGGAUCUCGGUCGGCUGGCAAUCUGAUGCUGGGCAUCUAUCCGACGCCCGCUGGCUCCACCACGAUAUCCGGCGCGAACACGCCGCUUCCGACGGCCGGUAGCUUGAGUGCCGCGUCUUCGCCACCGCCCGCUCCCACCAACGGUGGCCCGUCUUCAUCGCGCAAGCGCUCGGGCAGUAUGCGAGGUGGACGUGGUAGUGGUGGCGGCGCUAGCAUCAGCAGCUCCUCUUCCUCGUCGGCCAAACGCGCCCGACUGCAGGGGAAAAAGUCCGGCUCGUCAACCGCAGCCGGCACUGGCGGCCAUCAUCACCAUCAUAAUCAUCAUCAGCAGCAGCAGCAACACCAGCACCAGCACCACCAUCAUCACCACCACCAACAGACGGGGGGCUCCACCAGUUGUUGCGACGAGCUGGAGACGGUGGAAAAGCGCAACCUGCACAACAACAUGGAGCGGCAGCGACGGAUCGGGCUGAAGAACUUGUUCGAGGAGCUGAAGCGCCAAAUACCGAAUCUGCGGGAGAAGGAGAGGGCCCCGAAGGUGAACAUAUUGCGCGAGGCGGCCCUACUGUGCACGCGCCUGAACCGCGAGGCCGAGCAGGUGCAGGAGCUACGUCAGCGCCAGCAGAAGCUGUACGAGCGCGUCCGCUACCUGCGCGCCUCGAUCGCCAACCAGCGUCAGCAGCAGCAGCAGCAACAGCAGCCGCCGCAUUCGCUCGACAUCGAGUAAACAGGACACACGCGCAGGUCACGCACGAACAACAACAACACACACGCCAUCUGCAGGCUCUUCCUGGUGGUUGGUCGCCCAUUUCGUGCAAGCUACUGCAGCGCAUAUAUUCGGUAACUAAACACGCUCAGCAUAUGUAUUAUCAAACCCUUCCCUUAUGCUUGGGUUUGUGUAUAUGUCUGAGUGUGUGUUUAUUUUUCUUUUGUCUUUCGCCUUAUACACAUUUAUUAGCAAUAUACUAGAUGAGGCAUCGAAGAGUGGGAGAGAGAGAGAGAGAGAGAGAGAGCUAGAGUGGAGUAGGGACAGGAAAGUAUCGACGAUAGAUUCGCUUGGUAAAGAAAUUUUGGAUUUGAAUUAGAAUAAGAUGAAGCAGAUGAGCCUUCAAUUGAAUUGUGUACCCUCUCCCCUGCGAAGAUUUUAGAUCGAGUGGUGGGGUGGACAAGGGAGAGAGGGAAGAAAACGGUAGCUGCUUUAGGGGAUCGGGUAAAACAAUGGUAACAUUUCGUGUUUUUUUUUUUUGCUUUGUAAUCGUUCUCGGGUGAGAUCGCAUGGAACAGCCACCAAUACUGUGCUAGUGUUCCUGAUCAUAUUAGCUCCAUAUUACAUAUAUUAUGCGAUGAAAAAAUAUAAACAAUUUGUAAAUUGUGCUGCAGCAACACAUAGUGACCGCAUUAUGCAUUUUUGAUGGGAGCAGAAGAUGAAGGUUAUACUAAUGAUAAUGAAGGCAAACUGAGCCGCUUGCUAGCUACAACCACGGAUAAUGGGUGUUUGGAGGGGGAGGGGAGUAGUGGAGGUAGAGCCACUUUGUAAAAAGCUGCCCUCCAUCUUGACAUCUUCUUAUCGAUUUCCCGCGAAAUAUGCGAGUGCUCGCACACGCGCUUGUCUGCGUGUGCGUGUGUUUGUGCGCAGUCUACAAUUUACGCGGCGGAAGUGUCGAUCCGAUAAGAUCAAGAUCCUCUAAUAGAGCCCCCCCCCCCCUCCCAAGUAGGCCGGUCAGUUGUGGUGGGAGAGCAAAGGAGAAAGGGGCUGACACAGCUGCCUGCUGCAGCAGAUGGCGAAAGCGAAAGUGAACCGCUAAGGAAUGGAAGCUCUAACAACUCAUUCAGUCUCGGCUUCUUAGCGCCGAUAAGGGAGUUUUACAGUAAAGUAGUUCACAGCUGUCUCGCUAUUUAAAGGAUCUCCCCUCCCCCCCCUCCCAUUCUUGGAUUAGACUCGCUACGAUUCUCGCAGAAACCGUCAUAGCGAUUGCUAAGUUGAUUUGCGAAGCCCAAUGUCGCUUGAUGGUUCGUUGGUUGUUUGACGGGAAGGAGAAGAAGAAGAAAUGCAUUUAAUGUUGAAAGAUGGUGGGUUUGAAGAAAGAUGAACUAAUAAACCAGUGCUUUACCUACUUAUAUUACAAUAUCAUAAAAAUAUCAAUGCAUGUAUAUGAUUAUGAUCUACCUUCACAUAUUGCAUCUGUAUCAAUCUAUUGACUAUUUAAAUGCUCACCCAGUCCCUGAUGGGGCAAAAGGUAGCUGCUUAACCUCCUUUAAAACAAAAAUUAAAGAUCAUGAACAACGAUAUAUCCUCGAUAGUGUGAUGCGGAUAUGCAGCAUCAUCUUAACUGUAUGUAAUUGCAAUUUGUAUUGUCUAGCUUUAUCUUCUCGGCGGUCGCUACGAGCUGUCGAGAAAUUAUUGUAUAAAUAAUUGAUUAACAACGACAAUUGUUGACAAUGCGUUGACAACUGUUCUAUUUGGCAAAUACUGUUACUGAAAAGAAUGUGGGGAAGGAAGAUGGCAACUGUGUAACCUCGUCUCCCAAAGUUGGUACAGGUGAGAGUUGCUAUAUAAUCUAUAGAGGGUGCGCUCUAUCCUAGGUGCGCCAAACAUGUAUAAUACAGCCCCUAGGGCGACAGAGAAGGGUGCCACCUAGGACUACAAGGUGGUGUUUGCCACAAGAUGUUGCAGAUCUGUUGAUUUGAAAGGUCUGAGCAGCAGGAGCCUCCGAUUGUAUUAGUUGAUAGGUUUUUUUAAAAAUAUUUUUUAUUAUCAGUGCGAGAGAGAGAGAGAGAGAAAGAAAGAGAGAGAGAGAGAGAGAGAGAGAGAGAGAGAGAGAGAGAGAGAGAUCUUUUUAAAUUAGUUUCCCAAAAACCAACCAUAAAAGCACCAGUCACCGGAUCGCCAAUUUUUCGAUCAUAUGAUGGAGAGGGAUAUUUUUUCGAGAGGGUGAAGGGGGGGGGGGGGUGUAGAUAGUCUUUGUUGGAAUAUUGACCUGGUUUUUAUAUGGUUUUUAUUUUUUUUUAUCAUAAAGCGAAUGACAUGUGUUGUAAACUGCAACAACCAAUCCUAUCAAUGCAAACCUUAGUUCCAUACGCGACGAUCGCAUAGAAUAGUAAUAGACACAUGUUAAGACACGUGUUUUGAAUGAAUGUGUAUGUGUGUGUGCGUAUGUGUGUUUGUAUGUAUAUGUGUGUUUGUGUGUAUGUGUGUGUGCGUGCGUGUGUGUAUGUGGAUGCUGAGGCUGAAUGAUUAGUCAUUCGCCUUCAGACAUAGUGUAUGUCUCCAGCAAAGGGGAAGGAAAACGAGAUGAAAUCCUGAUUAGCUUUUAAAGGCUGGCUUGUUUGUUACAGAAAGAGAGAGAGAAAGAGAGAGAGAAAUGGAAAGGUGGAAAAGAUAAAGAGUGAUCGAGAUUAGAUUUAGAAAUAGAUUGAGAUAAAAUGAAAAAGUGUUGGUAUGAGGAUCAGAUUUUUGUAAAAAAUUGGCCAAUUUGCAUCCUCUUCGUAAUAUUUUAUAGUAAAAUGCUGCAUUGAUUACGGUUUUUCAUUUUCGUUUGUGUAAUUCAAUGUGUUCAAGUGUCGUGUCUUCUUUUUUUUCUGCUCUUCUAUUUUCUUUCGGUGAUAAAUUAUUUGGACAACUGUUUUAAAUUGUUUAAACUGUUAUUUUGGAAUUGGUUUUUGUUGUACAGUGUUUGUGUUACACAACUCGCAUUUCUUGGCGCGCCUUGUGGCGGAACUACCGUUUCCUAUAGAUCAGAGAGA